CAGGGGUGGUGGGUGAUGGUGCUGGUCCUAGUCCCGUGAUAGGUUUGCCCAUGUAGCUGAGCAGCAGGGAAACUCUCCUCCCCCCCUUGUGGUGAUGAGUCCAAAGGAAGGAGAUGAAUGUCGUUGGUGACGUGAAGGAGAGACGUCUCCGAGACACUGGAUCCAACGCGUCAACCAUGACCAGACAUUUCUUUAGCCGCGUCUUCGGUCAACUCUUAAAAACUGGUUGGGCCUUCCUUACCUGAGGGAUGUCUGUGCCUUGGGCCGGAUUGGGAAGGGUUGUUUGGGAGUUGUUCCUGAUCCGAUGUGAGGUCAAAGGUCAGGGAUGUCUAUGUACAGAUUGUAAAGCACUGAGACAAAUGUGUAACUUGUGAAAAUGGGCUAUACAAAUAAACUGAAUUGAAUUGCAAGCGGUAUCCUGUUGUUGGGGCAUUACGUCUGAGAGUACCUGUUUCUUGCAUAAUCGGGCGUAAACGUGAUCAAGCGGUUCUAUGGAGCAGUCGGCUUCAGAUGACCAGCAGGAUUCUGCAUCUGAUUCGGAUGAAGUUUGGGUUUUGGCGAUCUCUGUUUGCCAACGGGAGCAAGCUGUUGCACCUGAAGGCGUGGCCUAUUCCACCUUCCAGCGGUCCGGCUGUGGGGUCGUCUGGACCUCUGUUAGUGGGACGCUGCCUAGGUCCUUUGUUAAUUGUCUUAAGUUGUUUGCGGUGUCGCGGCCCAUCGUCUGUGACCUCUUCCUGCCCUCCUAACCAGCCGUCACGGGUUAAACCAAAUAAUUAUACUGUCCAAAUAAAGUUUAUCUCGUCAAAAGAUCGCUGCCUUCGGAGCGCACUUGCCUUCACGUGUUUUUAAACCGGGUCUCCAUGGCAACGGGGUGCUACACCUUCACUGUACGACACCUCAGAGGUACAUGUAGUCAUCUUAGAUCUUGACUUAUUGUUUCUGAGACGUAUGAAUGUGUUUUUUUAUUCUCCACAGACGUCCAGCAGCUGUUGGUGGUUCAAGAGGUUCCCCCUGGGCCACCGGUCUGGAGCUCCAUUCUGGACCAGGAGGACCUAGAGAUCCACAUUAAAGAGGAAGAGGAGGACCCAGAGGACCAGGAGGACCCAGAGUCCCCCCACAUGAAAGAGGACCCAGAGCCCCCUCACAUUAAUGAGGAACAGGAGGACCUAGAGUCCCCCCACAUGAAAGAGGACCAGGAGGACCCAGAGUCCCCCCACAUGAAAGAGGACCCAGAGCCCCCUCACAUUAAUGAGGAACAGGAGGACCCAGAGUCCCCCCACAUGAAGGAGGACCAGGAGGACCCAGAGUCCCCCCACAUGAAAGAGGACCCAGAGCCCCCUCACAUUAAUGAGGAACAGGAGGACCAGGAGGACCCAGAGUCCCCUCAAAUUAAAGAGGACCAGGAGGACCCAGAGUCCCCCCACAUGAAAGAGGACCAGGAGGACCCAGAGCUUUCAGACAUUAAAGAGGAGCAGGAGGACCUCUACAUCAGUCCUGAUGGGGAGCAGCUUCCAGGGCUGCAGGAGGCUGAACACAUGGAAACAGAAGCUGAUGGAGCAGAUUGUGGAGGACCAGAGACCGACGACAGUAGAGAGUGGGAUGAGCCUCAGUCGGAUGAGAACCCUCUGCUCCUCGCAGGAGGACCUGUAGGUGACUGUAGUCCUGGAGAUACACCGACUGGCUCGCCUGAGUGUGCUGCACGCUUUGACCACCAGGGGCAUCCGGAGGAACCCAGCAGCUCCAGAACGGGAGAGAAACUCUUUCAAUGCUCCGUGUGCGACAAAAGAUUUGGAUUCAACUGUCGCCUGAAGAGACACAUGGUCCGCCACACGGGGGUGAAGCCGUUCAGCUGUUCUCUUUGCAGCAAGACGUUCUCUCAAAGGGGAAACCUGAACAAACACAUGCUCUGCCACACGGGAGAGAAACCGUUCAGCUGCUCCGUCUGUGGGAAAACGUUCCCGCAGAAGAGAAACCUGAACAUUCACAUGCUCGUCCACACGGGGGAGAAACAAUUCUGUUGUUCAGUUUGUGGUCAAACGUUUUCACUGAAGGAGAACCUGAGCGCUCACAUGAACGUCCACACCGGAGAGAAACCGUUUCACUGCUCCGUGUGCGACAAGACAUUCGAGUUCCAGUGUUUCUUCAAAAGACACAUGAGCGGCCACACGGGAGUGAAGCCGUUCAGCUGUUCUCUUUGCAGCAAGACGUUCUCUCAAAGGGGAAACCUGAACAAACACAUGCUCUGCCACACGGGAGAGAAACCGUUCAGCUGCUCCGUCUGUGGGAAAACGUUCCCGCAGAAGAGAAACCUGAACAUUCACAUGCUCGUCCACACGGGGGAGAAACGAUUCAGCUGCUCCGUCUGCGGGAAACCGUUCGCCCACAAGGGAACGCUGAACUACCACAUGGUCGUCCACACGAGGGAGAAACCGUUCAGCUGCUCCCUGUGCGGCAAAACGUUUACACAGAAGGGACACCUGAACAACCACAUGACUGUCCACACGGGAGAGAAGCCGUUCACGUGUUUAGUCUGCGGUAAAACAUUCGCCCGGAGCGGCAGCCUGAACAACCACAUGGUCGGCCACACCGGAGAAAAACCCUUCAGCUGUUCGGUUUGCGGUAAAUCGUUCACGCGGAAGCAGCGAAUGAAAAAACAUUUAAUUCUCCACACCAGAGAAACUAAUUAGUCACGUCGGCUCAGCGAGUUCCUCUCGUCUCGGUCAGAACCGGCCGGUCCAGACUCCACAUGAGUUCCUUCAGCUCAGGAGACGCUGCACAUAGAUUACAAGCACCUGUAGUUUGUUCCUCUGUAUUGUCUUGUGUUGCAUGUGUGAUGUAUCGUCAUGUUUAUGUGAAUUAAAAUAGUUUUAAACAGUCAAA